UCUCCACCAGAGUCUCUCCCCCCCUCUCUCUACAUCUCUCUGUCGCUGUGGAGAGGAAAAGAGAGGAGACGUUGGUUCUUGGAGAUACUCGAGGAAAACAGGAAAAUAGCUGCCGCUGUUGCUGCUGGAUGUUAACAUGCAGCGCUGCAUGCCUUAAACAAAACACACACAAACACACUCACACACUCACACACACUCACACACACCAGUCUUUGCUGCUGCAGCCAUGCCAGGAAUACCUGCUGAAUAUCUGCUGCUGCAUGGGACGUGAUGGAUACCGCUUCUACUGAUGGAAACUGACACCGGUGACAGCGACGGAGGAUAAUAAUGAUGGAAGGCAGAGUGAUUCGUCCCCAGCCGGAGCCACAGCAUUCCUCAACCGCCCCUCUGCUGCACAGCGCCGCUCCCUGAAGGAUACAUCGACCUUGACAUAUUGCAGCGUGCAUGACAACCUGGCACGGACAAAACUGAAAGGUUGCCUUUCUUUGCCAAGAGCUGGAAGACAACAGGGCCAAAGCUUCAGGGACCAGGCGUCAGCAGAAAUCCACUCCGUCUUGCUGCAGUAACAAAUGAGCUUUUAUUUGUGAAGUUAACAGUGCUAACAGCUGACUCCAUAAGGGCCAAUUACUGGCUGAAGGGAAUACGGGGCCAAGAUGAAGGAGACAGCGGUUGUGGCUUGUUUGCUGGCUGAGCUGUCUCUGGCUGCUUUUGUUCUGGCCUCUGAGGGGGCUCCUCAUUGCCCUGCACUGUGUCGAUGUGAGAUACGACCCUGGUUCUCACCCAGCUCUAUUUACACCGAGGCUGCCACUGUGGACUGUAAUGACUUGGGCCUCGCUGUGCUACCGGAGAGACUCCCCUCAGAAACACAGGUACUGCUGCUGCAGACAAACAACAUUGUUAAUGUGGAGAAAAGUUUGGAUUACUUGGUCAACAUAACUGAAAUUGACUUGUCUCAGAACAACAUUUCCUCAGUGGGCGAUGUUCGUCUGGGGUCACUCACCCAGCUGCUGUCACUACACAUGGAGGAGAACUGGAUCCAGGAGCUGUCUGAAAGCUGCCUUGCUUCCUUACCAAACCUCCAGGAGUUCUAUAUCAACCACAACCUGAUUUUCUCCAUUACCCCCGGAGCCUUCCAAGGCCUGAGCAGGCUGCUGAGGCUCCAUCUUAAUUCUAAUCGACUGACAAGCAUUAACAGCGAGUGGUUCCAGCAUCUCCCUAGCCUGGAGAUAUUGAUGCUUGGUGAAAACCCAAUCUUUGAGCUGUCAGACAUGAACUUUAAACCCCUGGCGAACCUCCGAAGCCUUGUGCUUGCCAAGAUGAAUUUGACUGAAAUGCCAGACAAUGCUCUGGUUGGCCUUGAGAAUUUGGAGAGCAUCUCGUUUUUCGACAACUUGCUCAGUCGAGUCCCCCGAGUGGCGUUAUCGAGAGUCCAGAACCUGAAGUUUCUGGAUUUGAAUAAGAACCCGAUUGAGAGGAUCCAGAGAGGUGACUUCAUGGACAUUAUGCAUCUCAAGGAGCUCGGCAUCAACAGCAUGCCUGAGCUCGUGUCCAUCGACAGUUUUGCCCUGAACAACCUGCCAGAGCUGACAAAAAUCGAGGCCACCAACAAUCCGAGGCUGUCCUACAUCCACCCGAGGGCAUUCCACAAGCUCCCCAGGCUGGAGACUCUGAUGCUCAACAGCAACGCCCUGAGCGCGCUCCACCGCAGCACUGUGGAGUCCCUGCCAAACCUGCGAGAGGUCAGCCUGCACAGCAACCCCAUCCGCUGCGACUGUGUCAUCCGCUGGGUCAAUAUGAACAGGACCACUGUUCGGUUCAUGGAGCCCGACUCCCUGUUCUGCGUGGAGCCUCCAGAGUACCAAGGCCGCCAUGUCCGACAGGUGCAUUUCCGGGAGAUGACGGACAUCUGUCUUCCUCUGAUCUCACCUGGGAGCCUCCCAGUCCAGGUGGAAGUCAGCAAAGGGAGAUCUGUGUCGCUGCAUUGCCGCGCUUUUGGAGAACCAGAACCUGAGAUCUUCUGGGUGACGCCAUCAGGUGACCGGGUCCUACCUGGGAGCGUAUCCGAUAAGUACUACAUGCACCCUGAGGGAACCUUUGACCUCUAUGAUGCCACACAGCAGGAAGCUGGCUCGUACACUUGCAUCGCCCACAAUCUUGUCGGAGCAGACCUCAAGUCUGUGAUGGUUGUGGUGGACGGAUACAUCGCCCGGCAUUCAGAUCAACCUUUACAUGUAUAUAUCACAUCCGUCCAGUCUCAUUCAGUAGGGGUUUCCUGGGAGAGCACAGGGGGUUUGGUAUCACAACUAAAUUGGUCAAUUUUAGCCGAAGGCAGCAGCCUUUCGAUGCCAUUCACAGCCAGGCUUCCUGCUGAUGUCAAAGAGUACCACAUCAAACGGCUGAAGCCUUCCACUUGCUACCAGGUUUGUGUUGAGGUCACCGCAGCGCAGCCUGGAUACAGCAGGGACUGUGUCAACGUGACCACAAAGGAGGCAGCGGUCCCGAGGGGAAAAAACGAGAACUGGGACAGUCUGGUGAUGGCUACAUGUGCUGUGUUUUUUAUCGUGAUUGCCGUGGCUUGCUCAGUCAUCUAUACGUCUCUGUACAGCCAAGUGUUUUACAGGAAACUGAUAGCAGACCCAACUGAAACGCUGCUGAUUCCCAGCACUCAAUCCUCCUCCUCCUCCUCCUCCUCCUCUUCUUCUUCUUUCCUGGAAUUUGGUGUGUCUGGGAUCAAGGUGAGGGCCACCGUAAUAGACUUACCGGAUGAUUCCAUGUAAGAAACGUCCUUGUCUGUAAAAGCACUUUGGGAUUAAGCAGGAUGAAGAG